AUGUGCAAAGCCCUUCCUGGACAAAUCGACUGCAAGCGAGCAGGCUGCUCCAUGCCCAUCAACGUUGAACCCAACGGCCACCGUCACCCCUUUUGCUCGGUCAACUGUGCCCGCGCCUGUGGCGAGAACCCUAAGGUCGCUGCUCAAGCCAUGCCCGUCGUUGCUGCCGAUAUCCUCCCCCCUGCUUACAACAUUGUCGGCAAAUUCUACAAGAUGGGUCCCACAGCCUACCCCUCACCCUCUGUCUCGGACGACUCUGACAGCGAGUCCCGGGUUGGGGGCGCCUCUGACUAA